AUGUGUCUGGGGUUCAGUCUGGUCACUGGCGCAGGUAUCAUGGCCUAUAAUACAGUUGCGAAAGGGAAGAAUGUACAGAAGUUUGCGCACAUGAUGCUUCGACUAGUUGCAGUGGCUCUCGGAUGGCUGUUCGGGUUCGUGAACUUUUGGUUCCCGAAAGCGUCGACGCCGACGAGAACCCUGCUGGUCUUGUUGCACGCUUCGGCUGGAAUGGCGAUCCUUCCGUUGACGGUGUGCAGGGCGGAGACGGGGCUUGCGCAGAUGGACGCGGCGCCGGGGACGGAGGCUCAUUUGGUCAACUUCGCCGGCCUCUUUAUCCGUCUCUUUGCGGUGACUGUGAGCAUCGCUGUAGCCCUUCGCGGGGUAUCCAUUUGA